UGGCUGCGGCCGGCGUCGGUGGAAAAGUACACACGCACGGGCGGCGGAGAAACUUCGCCACUGUAAACACCGCCGUCCAGCUAGCCACAGAAAGUCGCUGGAGGCCCCUGUGCGCAGACAUGCCACGGAGGAAACCGUUCAGCAACAAGCAAAAAAAGAAACAACUUCAAGUCAAGCGGGAGAAGAAGAGAGGCGAUACAGGCUCAGGUCAGAGUAGCCGGAAUGCAAGUGCAGAGAGGGGCGUGAGGAGGGACAGACAGUCAGAUACUUCUGACAGCGAGACGACAGACAUCAAAAGGAUCAACCAGCAGCCUGGUAGCAGAGACAGCAGAUAUGACCCCAACAGAUUCCGGCUGCACUUUGAGAAGGAGAGCAAAGAGGAUGUGGAGAACAGAAAGAAAAUAGCCCAAGUGAGAAUCCUGCAACCUGUCCCAGAGAGAGAGCUGGAGAUGGAUGUGAGCCAAGUCUACCCCGAGGAGCAAGGGCUGGAUUUCCCACGGCGGCCCUCUUGGCAUUAUGGGAUGCAGAGAGAGGAGUUGUUGCGGAAGGAGGAGGUGGCUUUCCAGCAGUUCCGACAGGCUCUCUAUUCCAGGAACGCUCCCGGGACCCUCAGCCACUUCGAACACAACCUGGAGACAUGGAGACAGCUAUGGAGAGUAUUAGAGAUGUCUGAUGUAAUUCUGCUUAUAGUGGACAUCAGAUACCCAGUCCUGCACUUCCCCCCUGCUCUCUAUCACUACAUCACAGGGCCACUGCAGAAGCAGGUAAUCCUGGUGUUGAACAAGGUCGACCUGUGCCCCGCGCCACUGGUGUUGGCAUGGAAACAUUACCUGACCACACACUUCCCCAGCCUGCACUGCGUCUGCUUCACCUCACACCCUGGCCAGCCCUACAGCACCUUGCUACAGAAGAGGAGGAUGAGGAAGAAGAGUGGGUGGAGCCGAGCAGGAGGGCCCAUCCACAUCAUGAGGGCAUGUCAGGAGAUUACGGCAGGAAAAGUCGAUUUAAGUAGCUGGGAGAAGAAGAUACAGAGGGAUGCAGUUGCUAUGGGGACAGAGGGGGACUGGACAGAUGAUGGGGCAGAGACAGUGGUAAUGGAGCACCAUAGUGAUGUUGCCAUGGAAAUGAACAGCCCCACACAAGAACGUUAUAAGGACGGAGUCCUCACAUUAGGCUGCAUAGGUUUUCCAAACGUAGGCAAGUCUUCAGUGUUGAAUAGUUUGGUUGGUAGGAAAGUUGUGAGUGUGUCUAGGACCCCUGGGCACACUAAGUAUUUCCAGACGUACUACCUCACGCCCACUGUGAAACUGUGCGACUGCCCUGGCCUCGUCUUUCCCUCCCGAGUCGACAGGCAGCUACAGAUUCUGGCUGGCAUCUACCCGGUCUCCCAGCUGCAGGAGCCCUACAGCUCAGUGGGUUACCUGUGCGAGCGGACCCCCUACAUGUCCGCGCUGAAGAUCUCGCCCCCGGGGCAGAGCGCAGAUCCAAUGGCUCCCGCCGUGCACGCAUGGACAGCCUGGGACGUGUGUGAAGCUUGGGCAGAGAAAAGAGGGUACAAGACGGCGAAGGCCGCACGCAAUGACGUGUACCGAGCAGCCAACAGCCUGCUGCGCCUGGCCAUGGACGGACGCUUGAGUCUGUGCCUGCACCCACCAGGCUACACGCAGGGCAAAGAGCAGUGGGAGUCGCACCCAGAGUUGGCCGAAAUAGAAGCCCUGCAGGGACGAAGGCCUGAGGAAGAGGAGGGUGGGGAGAGGGACGAGGAAGGCGAGUCGAGCUCAGAGCCAGAGGACGAGGAUGACCACGACGACGACGAGGAGGAUGGCGACGGAGACGACGAAGACGAGAGCGUGAGGUCGGAGAGGAAGGGCAAGGCUUUGACUCUGAACAUGUUUGGCGUGCUGGGUGAGAAUGAGUGUGAAUGAGGGGUGAGAACUCUCCUCUCACUCUCCAGCCUGUCCGCUCAGUCAGCCCCACUCCUUCCACCCACGCAGGCGGGAUUCUACACACACUCGCACGCACUCUUCUUACACUCCUUGCACAAUCAGGACCACCCUUCUUAUUUGCGUGCCCACACCCACACACUUCCUCAAGCCUGUACCUGCAGAACAAAGCAGGUGUGUGUGUGUGUGAGUGAGAGAGAGCCUCUGUACCCCAGGGGCUAGAGUGUGAGUGUGUGUGUGUGUGUGUGUGUGUGUGUGUGUGUGUGUGUGUGUGUGUGUGUGUGUCAGAGCCUCUGUACCCCAGGGGCUAGACUCUCUUAGCUUUAUGUCAUUACCACAAACCCUUUUAGUCUUUCUCUCUUUUCAUGCAGUGCGUUUUCCCGUUGAAGACCCAGCUUUGAGAGUAUUGCAGUGAGCGAUUAGGCAGACAGUGUUAUGAAUCUGUCACAGAUCUUUGAUCAAAGUCUGUGAGCUUACCGCUUUAUUGCCAGAGGUCGCCGGGGGGGUCGUAGGUGAGGAAACUCUGAGGAAAGAGGAGUUCCCUCAGGGGAGAACAACUCUCGCCUGUCCUCUCAGCUGCCACACAGAGUCCUCUGUGCAGGGCUGGCGCGAGUCAGUCAGGUUCAGGUGAAUGAGUAAAUACGAACAAGCCAUAAAACAAGAUACAUGAAGUCAGGAAGCGUGGCGACCAAAGCAGAGCUCCACAAGGGGCUGUGAGAGUGAGAACAAGUAUCUAAAGCAUAAAGUGAGAAGUACUAGUGAAGGUUUCACUAUUCCUUGACAGACAAAUUAUUUGGCUAAUGUGAUUUAGCUAAUGUGGCUAGGUGACAUUGUAAGGUUGGUGUUUGCAAGAUGUUGAAUUCACGAUGUCAAGAAUGUAGCACAGCAGAGAUACAUGCAGGGGAGUCAGUGGGCCUGGAACAGGCGUACCGACAGCGCAGACGCCCACAGCCAGGUCCUACAGACCAGGCCAGCAGCCAGGAUGUCAUGACGUUGGAUUAACUCUUCAAUCAUCUGCCAGGAUUUAUAAAAUUCCACACUGAAUCUGGAAUCGGCAUCGCCGAGACUCUCGGCAACAGGAGUUUUGGUUCAAGCACGAUGUCGUGCUAGUAGGUUACCCAGUGCUGCGUACAAGCGGACCUGCUCCUCUAAAUCCAUGCUGGCCCCUACACUAUGUAGUUCUCAGUACAAGAACCAACUUUCACACUUCUGAAUGUGUAAACCCCGUGGAUUUUUACAUGGGGCUAUUUAGAUUGCAUUUUUGUAGACUCUUGAUACUGAGAUUAAUUCUCAAUAUGAUACUUGUUUGAAUUGUUGAUUGAAUUGCUUAGUUUUUGUACAGUAACCAAAAGAUGUUAGUUGGCUGAAUACUUCACGUUGCAAAAAAUUAGAACUAUCGGAUUUUUUGAUGCCGUGCUGAUAUUUAGCUGAACUCAGCCGUAUUGGCGGGCCUGCGUGCAUAACGCAGUGCCUCUAGCACAGUGGCUAGCAAUGCAGGGCUACAGUGGGGUCCUCGUUACCCCGGAAACGUCACUGGGCUUUUACUAUGCAAGGUUAGAAAUGUCAGUAUAGAGCACUGCGAUGCUGGAAACAUGCAUCAUUCCUGUGAUGGAAGACACACGCAUAUGCUGCGAGCUCACACACGUGCGCGCGCACACACGCACUCUCUCUGUGCCAUGGUGUGGUUUGCACUCGGUUAAAAUCAUGAGACUGUUUAACAUGUUCUUCCUAUUAAGAUUGGGGUAAAUCAAGACACUGAUCCCGGAACUGUGGGUGGUGUGACCGGCAGGGCAGUAAGACAGUGGAUGGAUGCUUUGACAAUUGAAGUGAGAAGUGAUUUAAGCUUAGAGCUGAGAUCCAAGGCCUUCAUUCCCAAAACAUCUCACUACAGAAGUGCUGCUCUGGACUUUUUUGUUGUUGUUUUUUAAACUCAAGGUGGUGUGCAAAGAAAUAGUUUUAAUUCCCAGCAGUGCCGAAUCCUGUGCCGGCAUCCAGAUCUGAUGCAGCAUCCCACGAUAGAAUGAGGCGGAGGGGACCCUGCUCAGUUCAAACCUCCACUGCUGUCCAGUAACAUUGAAAACAGAGAAUGGGUUCGGUUGCAGUGGCAUUCUAAACCCAGGUGAUGCCAGCCGAUGCCUCGACACCUGAUGUUCCGUCCCGUCUUCUGGAAACGUGCUGGGAGAACGCAGGUCCAGAUGUGUUGCUGUUGCGCUUCUUGACUCGCACUCCUGCACCAGUGUAUGACUGUAAUGGGCGAGCAUGUGUGUAGGAACAAGCAGACCUGUGUUUGAUUCCUGGGAAAAGGAAGGUAUAAAACUGAACUUCAAAUUGCUGUCUGCAAUAAAUAUGAAUCAUGCUGGUCUUACCAA